UGAUGAUUUUGUUAUGUUAAUGUGUGUCAUAGAAGGGGACCCUGGUCCUGAAGGAGAUGCUAAAGAUUGACAGUACUGGAACAGGAAGCCUCUCUUCCCAGGAGGCAGCCAACAGCUCCGCCCCUGGUGGCCAGCAGCAGAACAGGAGACGAUCGUCCAAGAAACUAGCUAAUAUGAACGCCCCUCAUGGCGACACAGCUGUAUUAGCUUCUCCCACAUCAGUCACCUCUGCCAACCACACCAACGCUGUGCUGACCAGUAAGGUGUCAGAGCUGGCACGUGUCUGUGUGGGGUUAGGAAUGGCACCACCCGAGUUCAGCUACAUAGGCAACAGACAGGGUGUAGUAGUGUGUCAGGUGAAGCUGUCCAACGGGUUGAUGGUUCACGGCCCUCAGUGCCAAUCAGAAAAUGAUGCCAAGGAGAAAGCUGCCUUCUUUGCCCUCCAACGUCUGAACUCAUUGGGAUCAGGCUCCCCCCUCCCACCUCCUAUAUACCCAGCAGUGGGUCAGAUUCGGCCCCCACCCAUAGGAGCCAUGCCCCCAGUCUUCAGCCAACAAGGUCAGUCGUCCCUGCUCACAGUCCUCUCUGUGGACUCCCUGGUCGUUGUCUUUGGCACAGCCAAAAGUAAAGAACAGGAGUUUUGAAAUUUUCCGUUUACAAUUUGUGCAAAGUUUCAGUGAAAGUCUUCUUUCUGUCUCACUCUGUCUGUUGUUUGUAUU